UGUUCGAUCCGAUUUGCCACGAAGCUCAAAGCUCACGUUAAAGUCACCCGGUUUUCGAAGCACUUGACUUCACAUGUCCAAUAUCAGUAGUUAUUUGUUAUCGUGACUAAAGGUAGAAUAUAAUCCAGUGUUGCACCAUGAAUCGUUCUCUAUAUCCCGCCUCGUGUCCUCCAAUUGUACACGUUCCUACUUGCAUAGUGAUGGUUGGUUUGCCGGCGAGAGGUAAAACUUAUGUUUCGAGGAAACUUACCCGGUAUCUCAACUGGAUCGGCGUCAACACCAAGGUAUUUAACCUCGGGGAGUACCGCCGCGAAAUGGCUGGUGCUCACUGCAAACACUCCUUCUUCGAUCCAAGUAAUACGGAUGGAAUGAAUGUACGGGAAAAGUGCGCAGAACUCGCCCUGGAAGACAUCACAAAAUGGCUGAACGACAAGGGACAGGUAGCUAUCUUCGAUGCUACGAACACCACUCGAGCUAGAAGAAAGAAAGUCACGGAUCACCUCACCGCCCAUGGCUUUAAGGAAUUUUUCGUGGAGUCAGUUUGUGAUGACAACGAGAUCAUUCGUUCCAACAUUCUGGAGGUAAAGGUAAACUCCCCUGACUAUCAGGGGGUACCCCCAGAAGAGGCUCGCCAAGACUUUGAGGCCCGAAUUAAUCAUUACAACAAUUUCUAUGAACCUCUCGCUUUGGACCAUGAUUCUAAUAUGCCCUUUCUGAAAGUGAUUGAUGGUGGAAAGCGAUUUCUGAUGAAUAAAGUUGAAGGAUAUCUGCAGAGUAGAGUAGUUUACUACAUCAUGAACUUGCAUAUCACCCCAAGAGCCAUCUAUCUGUCAAGACAUGGUGAAAGCAUGAUGAACUUGCAAGGGAGGAUUGGAGGAGAUUCUGAUCUCUCUGAGAGGGGCUGGGAGUACAGCAAGGUGCUUGGAAAGUUUGUUAAGGAAAAUAUGCCAGAUGAUCUCAAAGUCUGGACCAGUGAAAUGAAGCGCACCAAUCAGACGGCAAGUGACAUUGACAGACCAAUCGAGAAGUGGAAAGCCAUUAAUGAAAUUGAUGCAGGUGUAUGUGAGGGAAUGACAUACGAAGAAAUACAGGAGCAAUUUCCUCAGGCUUUUGCAAAGAGAGAUGAAGAUAAGUUCCACUAUCGCUACGCUCGUGGGGAGUCUUAUGAAGAUCUUGUGGCCCGGCUAGAACCAGUUAUCAUGGAGCUGGAGCGGCAGCAGAAUGUGCUUGUGAUCUGUCACCAAGCUGUAGCCCGUUGCCUACUGGCAUACUUUUUAGACCACAGCUCUAAUGAGUUGCCUUACUUGCGUGUUCCAUUGCACACCCUCAUAAAGCUCACUCCAGUAGCAUAUGGUUGUCGUGUGGAGAAGAUUGAUUUGAAGGUUCCAGCUGUAAACACACACAGGGAAAAGCCCAAGGUUGUGACAGUGAGCCGAACCUCUGAGGAUGCAUUGGAGACAGUUCCUGAACAUGAGUGACAUUGGUGGAAUGAUUUCAUCUUUCUUUAAUGGUAUGUCUUUUAUUAGUUAUCAAGGAGUUUCACAUAAUCUAGAAAGCUUAAGGCGUACAGAUGGACAUUUUGUGGGUUGCUAAGGGGUUCAUUCCAUAAGUUCUCAAGAGUGGAGGUAUGCUUAUUUUAGGAGGCAAUCAUUGUGGACAAAAAUAAUGAAUUUUGUAAUGAUUUAUCAUUACAUUGUUUUUUAUUCUUUAUUUUUUUUCAUUUCUAUUCUCGUUGUUAUUCUGAAUCAGAGAGAUACCCUAUUUGGUGUAGAUAAGUAAUAAAAUUAUUUCAGUGUUAUAUGUAGGUCUCAGGUUUUUAACCCUUAACUCCCAGACCAAGUUUCUAAUUCUCCUUACUGUCAACCAUUCAAUUCUUAUAAUGUUAGCACAGAGAAUUUAGUAGU